AUGGGAAAGCGGGGAGCUCGAUAUGAAGAGGAUGGAACUUCAGGAUCAGGUGGAGUCCGAGAUAAAAAUAAGUUGGGCUCAUUUGAGAUAUAAAAUUACAACAAUUAGUACACUCCUCGGAGGAUAAACCAAGUUGUUCAUGAAAACGGUGAAACAACGUGUAAAAUGGCUUGGGAAAAUGAAAAAAAAUGGAAAAAUGCAAGUUUUAUCUCAAGAAAAGUGGAAGUGUCGAAAACUCGCGGGGUAGAUCAUGACAAUGAUCAAAUUCAGAGGUCUAGGCUGGAAAAAAAACCUGGGGGUACCAAAAAAAUCAUAAAAUGAUUUUUGGUACGCUCAGCACUUUUUGGUAUACCAUUUUUUAAAAAUCGGGCCGUGGGGCCGCUGGGGCCGAAUUCAUAAGGGCUGUACCAAAAAUUACUGAAGAAAAACUUGGGGCGUACCAAAAAUCACCUUUUUGGUACGCCCAAUCUUCUUCAAUGAAGUUUUCAGGCCGUGGGGCCACAGGGGCCAAAUUCAGAAGGAGUGUACCAAAAAUGACAGAAGAAAAACCUUGAGCCGUACCGAAAAUCACCUUUUUGGUACCCCUGCAGCCUUCUUCAUUGAUUUUUUCGGGCCUGGGGCCGCUGGGGCCGAAUUCCCAAGGAGUAUACCAAAAAUUAGUGAAGAAAAGCCUGGGCAUACCAAAAAUCCACUUUUUUAGUACGCCAAAAAUCUUCUUCGUCAAUUUUUCCGGGCCGUGGGACCUCUGGGGCCGAAUUCCUAAGGAGUGUACUAACAAAUGACUGAAGAAAAACCUAGGCGUACCAAAAAUCACUGAACAUUUUUCUGGUACGCCGUUUCUUUUGUGAAUUCGACCCCUGAUGAUACCACGCCCAUGGUGAGGCAUAUGCACGGCGCCAAUUUGAGAUUUUCUUGAAAAACAGCAAAUUUUUGCUUGUUUUUCCGUUAAAAAGUGGUAUUUUUCAGUCGAAAAGGUUGUUUUCACCUCGCCAAAAAAUUUCAAAACCCAUACCGCCAAUUUUCAAAGUUAAUUUGCACGAAGGGGGGCGUGGUAUGCCCCUGAUCUUGCUUCUCAACAAAGUUCAGCAUGAUCAACAACAUCAGCAGCAAAACAUCGCAGAAAACUCAAAAGUGUAUGAAGAACGCGACGAACACAAUCGCAAAAGACGAGUGAGAGGGAGAGAACAGGGCGAAUAAUCGGAACCCGAAUCAAACCAACACAAAAAAUGCAGCGGCGGCGGUGAAGAACGAGGAGAAGAAGAAGAAGGAGAAGAUUGUUGAGAAAGAGGAAAGACGAGUGCGUCGAGACAUGAGAGACAUUAGACGAACAGACAAGAUCGGUCGUGUCAACAAUGUGCCUUUCGAAUUGCAAAACCAACGAAGGAAGGAAGGAUGGAUGGAUGGAGAAAAAGAAGGGAGGAAUGAGAUGAAUAAGAUGACUAUGACUAUGACUAUGAAUUAA